AGCAUUCAGGUUCCUGAGAUGAACCAAUCCAUAUUAGUGACACCCGUCCCUCCUCUGUGUCCCAUCAUGAUUUCUUUUUCAACACUUGUUUGAUGUCAUCAAUUUCAAUCCUUCCGUCAUAGUCUUUGUUCCUUCUAUGAUCAUCUAGGUAGUCAUGGAGGAGCCUCGAACCCGGUCAUCGGAGUUCACCUGAAGACAAGGACCACAUUAUCUUGUACAUUAUAAUAUUUUUUAGCAUGUAUGUUGCUUGUCAAGUUCACGCUGUUACCUCAAAUAGUGCGUACUGUUAUUUUUUAGCAUUCGCUGGGACAGGGGCGUGACUUCCUGAAUUAUUUAACGAGGGAUAACUAUAACAGCGAGCAAGUCGUGUGGACUGGAUUCUUUUCCAUCCAGAACAGCUACAUGUACAUGCUUGUGCGCAUUAUUUAUAUUCUUUCUUCGGAUUAAGUUGUCUUUCCCGUGUUCUACUACUACUUCUACCUCCUUCUACGUUAUUUCCAUCUGAAGAAUAUUAGUAACUGUUGUGGUUUAUAUCCGUUGUCCUUCGUGUCUAAUUUGAGACUGUAUCUCGAUUCAAUCAGUAGAAACAAGUAGUACAUCAAUGCUCUUCUUCUACUUCUUCUAGUGCUCGGCCAUCCAUGGUGAGCAAGGCAUACUAGAAUCCGAGGAAUUAAUCAAGGCAGUAAUCUUCGACGAUGGAAAAGUGAAACUGAAAUAGAAAUACAUUACAAAUUAGUUUUAAUUUGUCGAUCAUCGUCAAAAUGGCACCACCGUUCCUGCAGAUGAUGUUGAUGGCACCACUGGCACUGCCCUUUCCAGAGUGACAUCUUCUUCUAGAAACUGUUUGACAAUCACGGUGCGCCCGCUUCCAUUUGGACCCAUAGUUGUGUUGACGGCCACGAUCCGGUGCAGGAGGCAUGGUGAGUGGUGGAGUUGGUGAUCGGGAAGGAGGCCUGGAGGCCCCAGCAGUAGCGGAACCGAAUAUGCUUAUUAACAUAGUUGUAGAACAAGAUCCUCCAGGUGGAGGCCUCAUCAAAGAGGAGCCUGCUUCGUCUGGUGACGUACAAAAUGAUCCUGCAAUAAUCGCAAUUGUAUCUUCCAAGUCAGCAGUUGACGUUGCACCAGAUGAUGCCAAGCCAGGAAAAGACGUUGCACCACCAAGUACAUCGCCAACUACCGCAGCUACUCCCGGAGAAGCUCCUCCUCCUGCCAACAAUGGUGAUGGGACUGCAACAAGUAAAAUAAAGGACACUUCUGCACCUGGAGCUACACCAAGGAAGGAUGAAAUCCAAGAUAACAAGGAUCACCUGCUGCCGCCAGUGUCGCUGUUGGAAGCACUCGAUCCCGACGACACGAUCAAACGACGCAUUCAGCAGCAGGACAAGCGUAUGGAUCAGAUCCGGCGGCAAAAAACCGGUGUCUCCAGCCGCGCCCAGAUCGUCGCCAAGCCCGACGACGAGCGGGCGAGUCUCAUUCGUGCUCGUUUUGGCGAACGCGCAGUCCAAAUCCGCAAUCAGAUGGCGGCAGUCUUGAAUUCACAAAAAUUUGACAUGGCAGUUGGUUUGGUCAUCAUCCUGAAUAGCGUUACCAUAGGAUGGGAAAGUCAGGCGUCAGUGAGCGGCAUGGAGAGCAUUGCCGCGUUCGCGGUCGUGGAGCACAUAUUCUUGGCGAUUUACUGUAUCGAGAUUAUUCUCCGGGUAUGCGUCUUUGGAGCGCGCUGCAUCAUCGACAGUGGGUGGGUCUGUUUUGAUUUCGUCCUGGUCGUGGUCGGAGUUCUCAGUAGUUGGAUCUUGCCUCUAGUAUUCACUGCUGGAGCGGACGAGUUGCAGACGAUUCUAGUGCUGCGUGUGUUGCGCUUACUGCGCUUAGCGCGCGCGGUGCGACUGCUCGUCGCUUUUCGCACACUCUGGAUGCUCGUUCGGGGCCUGCUGACCAGCAUGGACACCAUCCUCUAUACCUUUUUCUUGAUCUUUCUCGCCGUUUACCUGGCGGCAGUGCUCGGGGUGGAGCUGAUUACCAAAAAUCGGUCAAGCUACACCGGAGAACCGGAGCUCCUCGCAAUUAUUGAUGACAAAUUCAAAGACGUCUUCAGCACAAUGCUCACUCUGAUGACAUUCGUCACAUUGGACAGCAUCGGCGGCAUCUAUAUUCCGCUUAUCAAGUUCCAGCCCGGCCUCUUCCUCUAUUUCAUAAGUAUCUUCUAAAAACUUUACUUCUUGCAUAAGUACCUUAUUGCGUUCUUCACCUCUACUCAAUCUCAAAAUCGUACUUGAUGUUGUUGUAGUCGUAGAGGUAGAUGUGCUGCAGUUCACAAUGAGUUAAGAUUUACCUCUCUCAAAAAGGUGGCUGUACUACUGGUACGAGUUUUCUGAUUUUUAUUGUAAGUCAUUGUGAAAGUAGAUAAAAUAGUGAUCAAGCUCGUUUUUUUCGAUUCGCACGUCUCUCCACUUUCCACCACAGGUUUCUUGUUGAUCGUGUCAGUAGCGUUGAUGAACUUGGUGACGGCAGUGCUAGUGCAGAGCGCCAUCGAGGAAAGUGAGAACGACAAGGAGGUGAACGCCGCAUACCAAAAACAGCAACUAGCUGCUUUGAUGCCAGAAGUGAGGAGAAUCUUCAAGCAGCUCGACGAAGACGGCUCCGGCGACAUCUCGAAGCAGGAAGUCGUUCGCGGUCUAGCAAACAACGCUCAGCUGAAGAUGGACCUGGAGUUCUUCCUUGGCAAUCACGACCCAAUCGAUCUGUUUGAGAUGCUGGAUGUGGAUGGUGGGGGUGUGAUUGCUAUCGACGAAUUCUGCGACGCACUGCUUUCGCGGGUCACGAGUAGUGCACCGAUAGAGCUGACCCGAGUGCUCAAACUGGUUACGCAGAUUAAGGCGGACCUGCAAGACCACGUUCGCAGGGCAUCCUUUCAAGAUGCGGUAGGCGCCAUAAUGCAUGGAACGACGACAGGUGGGAAAGAUCAUAGUCCACUACAAUCAUUACGGCCAUAAUGUUUGACCAGGUCGUAGAACAAGAACAAGUCUUUUACUAAAUUUAUAGCAUUAGCAAUGAGUAGUUGGUUUUAUCUACUAUUUGUUGCGGCGUCACUUGUUGAAGAGUAAGAAUUGCUUCAAAGGAAAGUGAGUUGUAUCACCUGUUGUAGUGAUUGCAUCUACUUCUCUAAUCUGUACACCGGGUAGCCCCAGCAUGUUCAACGGCGUCCUGCUCCAAUUUCCCAACAGGCAGAGUAACUCUCUAACAGCUAUCAAGGGAAACAGAGCACGAGAAGUACCGCCAGAACAGGAAACACAGGAGACGCCUUUGCCACGGACUAGUAACAGAUUAUCAACGGUCCAGGUUACAGAUGACACGAGGAUGACAGCAUCGAUCCUACCUUCGGUUCUACCACUCUUCGAUAGAAGCACAGCGGCUGGAAAAGUAGAAGACGGAGCUAACACCAAGGUGAAAAGUGGCAACACCAAAGUCGAAGCACUACAAGAGUACAGCGGGGGAGGCAUAGCAGGAUUAGACACGAGGUUAGCAGCGGUAGAGGCCCGUUUGGGACGGAUGGAAGCCUUGCUUGAAAAAGCACUAGCCCCGCGGCAAGCGUAAUCCUUGGUGUUGGUUGUGACGAACAAUAUAUUUAUAAUGAAAAUGAUAAUCCCCAUCCCCACCCUGAGAAGACGAAUUCUUUGGAAAGUCCGCGUCCCUUGGACUACCACAGCACCGUCACGAGCAGAAUCAGUACGGUAAUAGGAAGUACAAAGAGCAACAUUGGUGCUCAUAGCUAGGAAGUUCUGAGAACUCGCGCUAGAUUUUCUACAAGGCAGGCCACGCCCCUGUCUUCUCUUAGAAUUCGUAAGUCCGGGCUACGGCCCCGAUUCCAGCCCCGUAAGUAUAUGCUGGUGGACUUGUAGACAAGUUAGUAGGCCAAAAAAAAAGAUGCAAUUGACCUUAAUGACAGAUGAUGGCCGUUGACGUCAUAGCCAAUCGUGAAGACGUUAGAACUGGAAGGGAUGACUAGGUAGUUGUUCCCUGAUAAUAUAUGUUACAAGAAUUAUGGUCGGAAGCCUGGAAAUUUUCGAAGCGAAUACCAAGCACUCAAUGACAAUGGGUGUUUCGACCAUAUUGGCAGACCCGAACCCGAUGAAAUUACGACCUAGUAUCGUAAUCCACGUGUGCAAGAGCAAGCUGCAGUAAUCUUCAUGAAUGCUUCCACUUGUUCGACUAGUACAACAUCAUGUAGUUCUUCAUCGGAAGCCACAGCAUUAUCUUCAUACAUCUGCACUGAACUUUGUGCGAGAUUGAUUGUAUUGUGUUGUAUAACCUGGGUGAACUUUUUGCAGGAAAUAAUUAUGAAGUUCUGAACUUAU